UUGGCCAAACAUCAAUACGCCGCUCGCCUACAGGAGGGCGUAGGGCUUAUUCCUGCACUGCGAGUAGUACCAAAUUCAGUUGGCAGUUCACAUCAACGUGAGGAGGUCAAGGAAGGGUGGGCGCUGAAACAAGUGAAGAAACCAUACCGUUUCAACCAAAAGCAGAAAACCUACUUGGAGCAAAAGUUCAAUAUCGGCCAGUCCACCGGCAGUAAGAUUGACCCUGCCUUUGUAGCGAAGGAAAUGCGCCGUUCCAGGGGCAAACACGGGGAAAGGUUAUUCGUUGUUUCUGAAUUCCUGACACCACAGCAAGUGUCCUCCUUUUUCUCGCGACUGGCACUAAAAGUGCGUCAGCAACAGGUUGAGGUCUCGGAAGAGGACGCCUUAGCUGUAGAGGAGCAAAGCAAUUUCGCUACUGCAAAAGAAAAUGUGCUUUCUUCCCUGCAGCUCCGUCAUCCCAUUGUUGUUGACCAGUACAACGUAUGUUCUCUGGUCAACAAUAAAUCUGAGUUUCGGAAAACGAAGGUGGCACUGCUCCAACAUCUUUGCGAACGCUUAGAGCUGAAUACACCUGUACCAGCAGUGAGGAGGAAGGCCCCAUAUGUGGAACUUUUAGAAGAAGUUGUAAAUAGCUGCUGUUGUAACCACCGAAAAUGA